CGGAGGAGGGCGGGCGAGCGGGAGCAGGCGGGCCUUGUCGGGAGUGCUGUCUCCAUGGCAGUGCCGGGCGCAGCCGGAGUUUGUCCAGGUGGCUGAGCCCCAACCUCACACCCCUCGUGGCAUCCAGAAGAUCCCUCACCGACCAGGCAGGAACCAGAAGACGAAGAGAUCUGCAAGUCCGAGCAUGGGGGCCAGAGCUCCCCAGCCAGCCUCAUAGUUCCGAAACCAGCCAGUCAGUCCCUCCAGUCAACUACAGGGAUACUUCAGGAAGGGUCCUACCCAAUAUGGAAGCUAAGGACCACCUCUGCUGACCCCCAAUCUCCUCCCCUUCUUUCCACACCUGAGCUUAGCUGAGUCAGUCAGGCAAUGCUGAGCAGUAGGGUGGACCUAGGGGCUGCCUGCUUCAUUACAAGGCAAGGACUGUGGGCAUCAUGGGAGUGUGUGUGAGCGGGGCUCCUGGGUGAGACCUAGCCCCCACCCCCAGGAGUUCAAAGGGGGUGGGGGGCCAAAGAUAGGAUGGCUCGGGGUGGGGUGGGGCCAGAGGAGGCCUCCCUGCGCUCAAACGCGUUGUCCUGGCUGGCCUGUGGGCUCCUGGCCCUGCUGGCCAAUGCCUGGAUCAUCCUCAGCAUCUCUGCCAAGCAGCAGAAGCACAAGCCAUUAGAGUUGCUGCUCUGCUUCCUGGCCGGCACACACAUACUCAUGGCGGCUGUGCCCCUCACCACCUUUGCUGUGGUGCAGCUCCGGCGCCAGGCUUCCUCUGACUAUGACUGGAAUGAGAGCAUCUGCAAGGUCUUUGUGUCCACCUACUACACACUGGCCCUGGCCACCUGCUUCACAGUUGCCUCACUCUCCUACCAUCGCAUGUGGAUGGUGCGUUGGCCUGUCAACUACCGCCUCAGCAAUGCCAAGAAGCAGGCUCUGCAUGCUGUCAUGGGCAUCUGGAUGGUCAGCUUCAUCCUCUCCACACUGCCCUCCAUUGGCUGGCACAACAACGGUGAGCGCUACUACGCCCGAGGCUGCCAGUUCAUAGUCUCCAAGAUUGGCCUCGGCUUUGGCGUUUGCUUCAGCCUCUUGCUACUCGGGGGCAUUGUCAUGGGGCUGGUCUGUGUGGCCAUAACCUUUUACCAGACACUGUGGGCCAGGCCCCGGAGGGCUCGGCAGGCCCGGAGAGUGGGGGGUGGGGGUGGGGCCAAAGGGAGUGGGCCAGGGGGCUUGGGUACACGGCCAGCCUUCGAGGUGCCAGCCAUUGUGGUGGAAGAUGCCCGAGGGAAGCGGCGGUCCUCGCUGGACGGCUCCGAGUCGGCCAAGACAUCCCUGCAGGUCACCAACUUGGUCAGCGCCAUCGUCUUUCUCUAUGACUCACUCACAGGGGUGCCCAUCUUGGUGGUGAGCUUCUUCUCUCUUAAGUCGGACUCGGCUCCCCCGUGGAUGGUGCUGGCUGUGCUGUGGUGCUCCAUGGCACAGACGCUGCUGCUGCCCUCCUUCAUCUGGUCCUGCGAGCGCUACCGCGCAGACGUGCGCACAGUGUGGGAGCAGUGCGUGGCUAUCAUGUCCGAGGAGGAUGGCGACGACGAUGGGGGCUGUGAUGACUAUGCAGAUGGCCGAGUGUGCAAAGUUCGCUUCGAUGCCAAUGGGGCCACAGGACCAGGGGACCCCACCCAGGUGAAGCUGCUGCCUGGGAGGCACAUGCUCUUUCCCCCUCUUGAGAGGGUUCACUACUUACAGGUCCCUCUGUCUCGUCGUCUGUCCCAUGAUGAGACCAACAUCUUCUCUACUCCUCGGACACCGGGCUCCUUCCUGCACAAGUGGUCAUCCUCUGAUGACAUCCGGGUCCUCCCAGCCCAGAGCCGGGCCCUGGGGGACCCUCCUGAAUACCUGGGACCAAGACAAAGGCUGGAGGAUGAGGAGGAUGAGGAGGCUGAAGGUGGAGGGCUAGCCAGCCUUCGACAAUUCCUGGAGGGUGGGGUGCUGGGGUCAGGUGGGGGGCCCCCACGGGGUCCUGGCUUCUUCCGGGAGGAGAUCACCACCUUCAUUGACGAGACACCUCUGCCUUCUCCGACUGCCUCUCCUCGCAGGCCCAGGCCACUGGGUCCCUCACCCCGCCGACUCUCCCUAGGGUCCCCUGAUAGCAGAGCCAUUGGACUUCCCUUGGGGCUAAGUGUGGGGAGACGCUGCUCCCUGACAGGAGGUGAGGAAAGUGCAAGAGGUUGGGGAGGACCCUGGGGUCCAGGUAACCCCAUGUUCUCCCAGCUGACCCUGUGAGCCCAAGUGGGCCUGCUGGACUCAGAGGAGGGGGUCCUUCUGGCCCUGAGCCGAGGGCAGCUGCCUCCAGACUCCAGGGAGAUGGACGCUGUAUCUGGGGUCCCGGAGCCCCUGCCAUCUCCGAUCCAAGCUACCAGAUGCCCUACUCAUCUUCCAUCACCCCUAGGAAAAUGUAUUAAAGU